CGAUGACAACGACAAAGAUCUUUUAUUUAUUUCCUUUCCUUUUCCCUUUCCCUUUCCUUCCACCUUCCGUCUUCCCACGUCCAUUGUUUCGUUGCGUUAACUUUGUGUCCGUGAUAAUGCGUCACGUUUAGAUCGUGUUGCGUAUUUAUUUAUCGAGGAACGCAGAAACGCGCGCGCCACACUCGACGGAGACCGACACUAGCGCCGCCCCCUACGAACUAUCCCGGGGAGUCCCCCACCGUCGCUAAACGCGUCCUACGCCAUACCGUUGAUCAUUGCUUUCGUCAUCCCUCUUUUCUCUUUUUAUUUCUCUCCUUCUUUUUACUCGUUCUCUUUCUUUCUAUUAUUCCUCAUGCGACGUUCAACGUGGGCGACUGAAAUCGAAACGCUUUUCGCGAUGACGAUCGCCUGGUGUGACGAAAUCGCGCGAAAAUGUGCUUUAAAUCAAAUGAACGAUGAAAUUAGAGGGAUUUUAAAUAGAGACAAAGGAAACCGAGAAAGUGAUCAAAGUUAAAAUAUAUUUUGGAAUUUGAACUGUGUUCAAUAAUAAACAAAAGAAAAACUUAAGAGGUUUCUUUAUAAUCUAACAAAUAUUGUACGUGUAUACAUGAAUACUUUCGUGUGCUCGCACAUAUAUGUAUAUACAUACAUAUAUAUAUCUUUACAAUACAUUUCUAUGUGUAUGUAUUUAUUUAUGUAUAAAUACAAAAUUUGGGAGAGGCUUAAUUAAUCUUAAACAUAUCGGACAUAUUACAUAUCUAAAUACAUAUACAGUAUAUCAAUAGAUGUGUGUAUAUGUGUACGUAUAAUAUAUAUGUAACCGAAGAGAUAAGAUUACGUUUCUAUCGCGAGUGUUCCUCUUCUCGUAUAUGCCACCUCUAUUAAUCCCUUCUCUUUCGUUCUAUCGCGCUACAAAUCGUGUCGAGCCGUAAUAAUGAGACAACAAAGUAUCUUCUUACGCUUCUCUAUUCCGUGAAACUCGAUAUGACUUGCCGGAUAAUCGCAAGUUCGCGUUUUUUCGCGAUACUUGGCUUAAUAAUCAUUAUCCUUUUCUCUUUCGUUCUUGCUGAUUAUUCUUGUUCGGUUCUCUGUGAUUGUGACAACUGGUACGGUUUGAAACGUGCCAGGUGUGUUGGACAACGUAUUUACAGUAUUCAUACCGGUGCACCUAAUUUUAUCCAAGCUUUAGAUCUAUCGAACAAUUCGAUAUCUUCUUUGGGAAAUAAUGAACUUGCAGAUGCAGGUUUGACAAAUUUGAAAUAUUUAAAUUUGUCAUUAAAUGCAAUCAGUGAUAUUAGUUUGGAAGCUUUCUCUAGGAUCACCAAACUGACUGUAUUGGAUCUUUCAAGAAAUCAUCUUUAUCAUCUUUUACCAGAUAUCUUUCUUGAGAACAAGAAUCUACGUGUAUUAAAGUUAUCCAGGAACAAUUUUAACACACACGUACCAAAAUUGCAAUGUCCAUGGUUAACGGAAUUGGAUGUGCACUCGUGUCAAAUCAGUCACAUACCUUUGGACACGUUCGUUGGACUGACUCAUCUUCGAUACCUCGAUCUUACAAACAACUUGAUGAUUCAGCUAGAUAACGCUGUCCUUGAGCCCUUGCAAUUCUUAAGGAAACUAUCGUUGGAAGGAAAUCCAUGGUCUUGCAAUGGAAUAAUAUACGAACUGGAAAAUAAUCUACGUUCGAGGCACGUGGAAUAUGACCCAAUUUGCAAUAAAACAACAACGCUAGGGCCAAAGAAAUUUGAGAAGAUGAUAUUGAAGCCAUUGAUAGAUUCGAAAAUUCGCACGCAUUCUUCGAAGGAUUAUGUGAGAUUUGAGGAAAGUCCGAAAUGUAAUAACGACAUUCAAAAUUCGUCUAAUACUUCAACAAUUAACGAUUUACAAAUGACUUAUAAAAAAUACUCCUCCAUGACGCCAUAUUGGUUUUUAAUUAUGGGAUUUUUACUUGGCUGUGCUACCGGAAUUUUAAUAUGUUAUUUGUAUUCGUUAAAAAAAUUCAUAUAUUGCUGUCGCGAUAACAAUUAUCGUGCUCAUACGACAUACGACGAUUCUCAAAGACUUUUUUUACUUCAUAAUCAAUGGCACGUAGCAGCAGCAACAGGGCCUACGCUCAAUUCAAGUCAAACAAUAUCCUGUCCAGGUACUCCACCGCCACCGUAUCGUGACGUUAUGUUACGACCGGGACUUUAUAGAGCCGCAACUCCAAUUUAAAUAACAAUACUACCGGAUACGGUACGUGAUCAAAGUAACGUUAGAGAAAUAAAUACAAAAAAAAAGGGACUCCUUUAUAUUACGCACACCAUCGUAUAAUAAUAAUAAUAAUUCAUGUCAAUUAAUAAAUCGAUUUAUCGUGCUUUCAUCAUGGCAGUAUAUUACACGGGCAGAUUGACAAGUUUUGAAUUCCGACAAAAAUAACACAUUUAUUAUUUUUAAAUGACAAUUGACCGGAAAAUAACUUCUUUCCAUGUUAGAUUCAAAAUUUGUCAAUCCAUUUACAUAUGUUUUUCUAUUUCGUGCAUAUUUUAGAACAAAACAAUUCUAAUAAUACGAAUAAUCAAAAUUUGAUAAAAAAAAAAAAAAAAAAAAAA